AUGAGCACUCCCAGACCGCCGUUGACGCCGGUGAAACACAGAUCGACUGGCAGUGGUGCAGGGCUGCCGUUCGGGUUCUCUACGCCAAUUUCAUUGAAGCAGCCAGCGACGCCGAUGGGGCACAGUCCCGCGUAUCUCACCUCAACCCGCCAUUCAGUCUACGGGACGGAAUCAAAGAUAGUGAUUGACCCAGGCUCGAGGGUGAUAAAGGUUGGUUUCAGCGGGGAAGCCAGUCCGCGCGAGAGUAUAACGGUAGAGGUGGAAGGAGGGCUUUGGGAUUUGAAUGGGGUGCAGAAUGAGCUAGGGCUUCUCGACGCCUUCCGCGAAAUCUACUACACCCACCUUCAAGUCGAUCCCAAGCAACGUCGGGUUAUAAUACUCGAGAAUGACUUGCUCAGCACACCAGUGCGGCGGGCUAUAAUGGGUGCACUCUUCACUAGCAUGCAAGUAACAGCCGUGUCAUUCACACCAGCCACACUCGCGGCGCUUAUGGCGGCGGGGAGGACGACAGGUCUGGUCGUGGAUGUGGGCUAUCUGCAGACUGUCGUGUCGGCUGUGUACGCGGCUAGACCUAUGCUACCCCUCACUGUCUCUUCCCCACUCGCGGGAAAGCGGCUAACGAACCACUUGCGUAACCUCGUGCUCGCUCAUGGUGUUUACUACCCUGCCCUUUCCACCAACCAGCUCUCUAACGCUGCCGGCCAGCCCCCACCAGGCAAUGUGCCGCACGAGGCAGUCACUGAUGCCUGGAUUGAGGAUGUUAAGUGUCGGGCACUCUUGGCUGAGUCGGGAACUGAAAAUGAAAGUGGAAUUGAUAGCGAGACGGAUAAACCAUCUAAUGCUAAUGAUAAUGAUAACAAAAACGCUAAUCAGAUAGCAGUCAAGAUCCAAACAAGCCACGGGCGCGGAGUGGUAUUUAUACCGGGCUGGGUGAGAGCGAGGGCGGUAGAGGAGUUGCUUGAGAGUCGUGGCGACAUAGACGAGCCAAGCAUACCUGAGUGCGUGGUGAAGUGCAUGCAAGCGCUACCGAUUGAUCUGCGAAGAGAGCUGAGCGCGAGCUGUCUAGUCGUCGGGGGUACAGCGUCCAUAGUCGGCUUCAGGCGGCGACUUGGCGAUGAGACACGCGCUCUGUUGCAACGCACAACACGCACAGCCACUCAUCUCAAUGAUCUCAGCAGUCUGAGUACGUCGUUCGAGGUCAUCAACGACCCGAUGCCGCGUGGUAGCCAGCCAACUGGCAAAGCAGGCAAAGGUGGCAAAGGUGGCAAAGCAAACAAAGCUCCCGCUUGGAAUCCGGCUUGCUAUGCUUGGGUCGGCGGUAGCUUGGCAGGCGCUGUUAGGGUGUCGGCUGCAGAGAUACACAAAGAGGAUUUCGAGAGUUUGGAGCGUGAGAUACAUUAG